AUCACGGUGGUUGUAUGCACGGUGAAUGUCUUUAAAUAUAACCGAAUCAAAAGUGGAAACUAUUUUUGGGCCUGGAGAUUGCAUAGGAGAUGUUGAAAUUGUUGAAAACUGUUACCGUACACAUACAUUUAUAACAACAUCGCAUUGUGAGCUACUUAUCAUGUUUAAACAUGACUUUACACCGAUUCUUAAGCCGUUUAUGGAUAAAUUAUGGGAUGAUAAAAAAAAAGCUUUAAAAGCUUUAGAUUAUUUCACAUUUUUGGAUGAGGAGCAGGUUGUAAGUGCUUGCAGAGUUGGUACAUUAAAACAGUUCGAACCUUUGGAGACUAUAUAUUCAGAGGACAAAGGGUCAUUGACAAACGUCCAUUUUGUACUAAGUGGGGAGUGUGUUAUAUUACAGUGCAUCAAUAUGAAGCUUAACCUCGAUGCAGCAAAUGUUUUACCAGUAGCCUAA